AACACGGCCCCACGUGACCGGGGCGCCCAUCAUGGCGGCUCCCAGCGGCUGCCGGCCGCAGCCCGGCGGGCAGGGGGGCGCCGGGGCCGGGGCAGGACCCGGGGCAGGGCCGGCGGCGCUGCGGGGCCCCGAGGAGGACGCCGAGGGCCUGUACGUGGCGGUGGAGCGGUGCCCGCUCUGCAACACCACGCGCCGCCGCCUCACCUGCGCCAAGUGCGUCCGGGGCGGCGACUUCGUCUUCUUCGACGGCCGCGACUCGGAGAGGUUCUCAGACAAGAAAGAAAGGUUGAUGCAUCUUAAAACGAAACAGAGGGAAUUCCAAAAACAUGUUUUGAAGGCCAUGGAAGGCAAAGAGAUAACUGAUCAGCUGAGAUGGAAAAUAAUGUCUUGCAAGAUGAGGAUCGAGCAGCUGAAACAGACCAUUUGCAAGGAAAAUGAUGAAAUGACAAGACAUGCUGAGGGGCUUCUGAGAAUCAAAGAGGAGAACCAGAAGCAUUAUCGCAGGGCUCAGCGGCAUCAGGAGAAGAAGGAGAAGAUCCAGAGGCACAACCGCAGGCUGGGAGACUUGGUCGAGAAAAAAACCUACGACUUGAAAACCCAGCACGAACAUCUGGCAAACCUUCGGCGGACGCAUAUCCUGGAGCUAACGUCAGUCAUAUUUCCCAUCGAAGAAGUAAAGACAAGCAUGAGAGAUCCUGCAGAUGUGUCUUCUGAGAGCGACAAUGCUAUGACCUCCAGCACUGUGAGCAAGCUUGCAGAAGCCAGGAGAACCACGUAUCUCUCUGGGAGGUGGGUGUGUGAUGACCACAACGGGGACACCAGCAUCAGUAUCACAGGGCCUUGGAUAACCCUUCCGAAUAACGGAGAUUACUCAGCAUACUACAACUGGGUGGAAGAGAAGAAGACUACACAAGGACCAGAUAUGGAACAUAAUAACCCUGCUUACACCAUCAGUGCUGCAUUGUGCUAUGCAACCCAGCUUGUUAACACUUUGUCUCUCAUACUUGAUGUAAAUCUUCCCAAGAAGCUCUGCAACAGCGAGUUCUGCGGCGAGAAUCUCAGCAAACACAGGUUCACGCGGGCAGUGAAGAAGCUGAAUGCCAACAUCCUUCACCUUUGCUUCUCUCAGCAUGUAAAUUUAGAUCUGUUGCACCCACUGCAUACGCUCAGGAACCUUAUGUACCUGGUGAGCCCAGACACUGAGAACUUGGGCAGGUCCGGGCCUUUCGAAAUCAGCGCUGAUCUCGAAGACUCCAUGGAGUUUGUGGACCCCAGCGCCGCCGGCGAGACAGACGAGAGCGGAGACGAGCACGUCAGCGACGAAGAGACGGACCUGGGGACAGACUGGGAGAAUCUGCCAAGCCCCAGGUUCUGCGAUAUCCCCUCCCAGCAGGUGGAGAUGCUGCAGAGCCAGAGCACGCAGGCGUCGCAGCCCAUCGCCAGCAGCAGCGCUGGCGGCAUGAUCUCUUCUGCUGCUGCCUCGGUGACCUCGUGGUUUAAGGCGUACACUGGACAUCGCUAACGAGCACGGCAGAAGGAUCGUAGGAUGUGAGGAAGGAAUCCCUCCCCAACAAUGCUGUAGUAAACCUUACAUAUUCAGUUAAGUAGUGCCUGGAACAAAGAAAAGGUCAGACUUUACGUUUUGUAAACCCGAAGAACCUUUUUAUUUACCCACGAUGACUGUGAUGGCACCCUUUUGUAAAUUGGCUCGCUCCAUCCUUCGGACGGGUUCUGUGAGGGCACUCGGUGUCUCCGUUCUGUCUGCAUUGUUGAGUGGAAAGAAGAAGGACCCAGCAGGCUCCAGCUCUGCUUCCUGAAGAAGAAACGGAUUUUGGAGUGUUUGGAUCCGAAUGAGCACGGAGGGAGGGCUGCUCGGUGUGCAGCCGGACAGUGGUGCAAACGCAGUUCACGUUUUCUUAACUCCUUACAGGGUUUGUGUGUGCGUGUUUUAAAUCUGUCUUGCGUUAAUGCAAAAAUGCAUCUUUCUAAAUUUUUUUCAUUCAGGA